GACAAACAGGCUGGCACUGGCAUCGCGGGAGUCAGCGGCGGUGGUCACCAGUCAGUACCACCGCUGGUUAUCGAAACAGUAUCGAAAAUCAACCGUAGUCCGUGUUUUUUGCGAAUAUGCGCUCCGUUACGUUAUUAAAUCGUUCGCCGGACAAAGUGCGCGUUCCUGUCUGUGCCUGAUUACUUGAUCCUCGAUCGCAGUACCGAUUCAUAUUUAACUCCGAUCGACACCUGGAUACCUUUCUACUCUCCAUCAAUAUUUCCGACGAGUAGCCACGAUUAACUGAACAGACCAACGAUAUCGAACAACGAUAAUCGAAAUGUCAAAAAUAAUUUUACGAAGAUUCUUUUAGAAUCGAAAAGAAGCGAUCCACCUAUAAUAACUAGUGUACAGAUAAAGAAACUUAGACGACACAUCGUGACGCGUAUACAGUGUAAGUUAUUUAGUGUCGCAUCGUGAAUUCUCAGCGACUCGGACGAUCGGGACCAAUCGAUUGGUUGGUGGCAGCUGGUGGUUCGCGAUCCGCGAUCGCCUCCCGGUGGCGAUCCCGUUCGGCGUACACGUCGCUGACUCGAUAGGAACGACGACAACGACGACGACGACGUUGUUGUCGUCGUCGUGCGAACGCCGACGCAGGAGGAGGAGGAGGCGGUGGCGUAGGGGAAGGUGAUGGUGGAAGCGGCGGGAGGUAGAAUGCUGCCUUCCGGCCCUUGCCGAUCUCGAGCGAAGGAAGGACGCGACGAGAUGUCGCCGCGCCGUCUCGCGCCCCUGCUAAUCCUCGGGACGAUCCUCGCCGGGCUGACGAGCACCACAUCCGCGGAUAGAAUGAGUGGCCUCUACGUUGAUAAUGGUUUCGACCAGACUAUCGUACACAGGGUCGUCAGCCAGCGGGAAAAGCGGGAAGUCGAGCACGAGAUAUUGAAUCUGCUCGGGUUGCCCGAUCGGCCGAGGAACACAGCCGGCAGACCGCCACAGGUUAAAAGGUCGGCACCCAAGUUCCUUUUGGACAUUUACAAAAAUGCCCUCGGCGAAGACGAAGACGAAAAGCCGAUCGGUGAACAACGUAGGACCAGCGAGUUCGAUCUCACCGGUCAGGAUCUUAGGGCCAUCGACCAGAGCGACGUCAUCAUGACCUUUGCUGCGCACAAUCAUCACGUUCCCGGAGUGAGGCACGAGCGCGGCAAAAGGCUCUGGUUCGACGUCUCCGAGGUACCACCUGGUGAACACAUAAUCGGCGCGGAACUUAGGCUGUACCGCAGUAUGAACAUAAAGAAUCGAAAGAACCGUGGAUCAUACAUGAUAGCGGCCUACCGAGUCUUAAGAACCGAGGAUGGGACAAGGGAGCUUCAAUACGUAGAUGCAGUAAACACGACAAUGGGAAGGGAGGGAUGGUUGACUUUAAAUGUUAGUGAACCUCUUUCGCAUUGGGUGAAUAAUCCCGAUGGAAAUAAAGGACUGUACCUAUCGGUACAUCCCGCAGAUCGUUCUGUGCACGAAAUGAGGCCAGAAGACAUUGGUAUCGUCGGGUUUAGGGGCGAUCCCGAUAAACAGCCUUUUAUGGUAGGCUAUUUUAAAAGUUCUGGCAUCAGGGAGAAGAAAAUAAGACAGAAACGAGAUGCCAGGAGAAGAAAGAAGAGUGAAUCUUCGAGUCUGGAUUAUCGAAAUAAUCCGUACACUGAUCCUGGCGUACAAUACAACUCGAGGACUUGUAAAAUUCAAACGUUAUAUGUCAGCUUUAGAGAUUUGAAGUGGCAGGAUUGGAUCAUAGCACCGGACGGUUAUGAUGCCUAUUAUUGCAGCGGCGAGUGCAAUUUUCCCUUAAACGCUCAUAUGAACGCGACGAAUCACGCGAUCGUCCAAACGUUGGUGCAUUUGGUUAGUCCUGGUAAAGUACCAAAGCCCUGCUGUGCACCAACGAAACUCUCACCGAUCUCCGUGCUUUAUUUCCUCGACGAAAGUAAUGUUAUACUGAAGAAGUACAAAAACAUGGUCGUCAAGAGUUGCGGUUGCCAUUGAUCACUUGAGAUCAGCGAGAUGUAUUGUAAAAGUCCAUCCAUUUAAAUAUGUGAAAAACUGAUCGCAUGAUUUUUAUAUACUUUCAACUUAUUUUACGUGAACACCUAUUUCUCCAUUGAAUAAUUCACACAAUAUUUUUUUACUUUUAUCAUAAGUAAAAUUUUCAUGAAAAGUCUCAUUAAACAAUUAACAAAUUUACUUUAGUAUCAAUAUACUCACUUUUGGAACAUUCAGUUGUUCGAUAUACAUUCACAUUAAUUACUACGUUAAAUCGACUCGAUUCUAUUUACUGACUGCGAGUGAACCGAGAACUAGUGUCUGCGCUUGUGUCUGAUUAUAAAAACGAUGUACGCUGACCGAUGGAUGGAUGUCAGACAUUCCAGAAAAUCGUCGGUUGCCUGGUGCCAAAUUUCCAUUAAUAGAUAGUGUUAAUUCUUUAAACGAAGGUUUCCGUACUAACGAUCGUGCAACGUAACUAUUCAUAGUUGGCAGAGAUAAAUAACUGAUAGAACAAUUGAUUUAUGACUACAAAUCGACAGCCGACCAUUAUCCAGUUUUAGUAAGUGCAUUGAACAACAUCGGGAUUAUUUAUAGAAAUACUUCAAAUCAUUUAUUUCCAUCUUUUACCAUAAUUUCUGCCUUUAUAUCCAAUUCUUCUUUUCAGUCAACUUAAACAUGUACAUCACUUAUAGACUGCGAAUAUUUAUGUACUUGUGAGAUGUUUAUGUACUUUUUAAACAUUCGUCCUAUGCACAAAGAUACAUAAAAUUUCCAAAUUGAAAUAUACAUAUACAGAUUUUAAUGUCUAAAGCAUAAAAUAUAUGUAUAUCUACCUAAACUCGAUACUUUGAAGUUUCAGAUACUUAGUUUGCAAAAUUAUAUGUAUUGUAUAAACGUCCGCAUCAUUCAAAUGUUCAGUCAGUUAAUACAUAUAUAAUGUUUAGUGAUAUUAAUUUAAUGACGAAUCAUCGAUAUUGUGGUUUAAAGACAGAGAGAGAACGUUGUCUUCCGAAGGACUUUUGUUCCAUCAUAGAAAACGCGACCGUGUCUAUCUACGUUUUUGUCGAAGGUCUCUAAUAAAUAUACGAGCCGGUAUUUAUAUAAUGUAUAGAGAAAAUAAUUUUUCUUUCUUAUAAUUCGACUUAUUUAUCUUUAUAAGUAAUAUAAUGCGUUAGAUCGAGCGAAUAGGAGUUUUGUGUUAAACUCGAAUUAGAUUUGCACGUGUUGUUUCAGAAACUAUCACAAAUCUGAUAAACGGACGACUUUUCAGAGUAAGUUCAAUCUAGAUCUUUCAUUCUACGUUUACAUUGACUAAUAAUCAAGUUUACAUUUGAAGAAUCCUUUAAUUAAAAACAUUUAUACAUCACGUAUGUUAAGAAUGUACGGCAACAGUCAGUGUGAACCAUCCUGUAUACAUACAUAAACCUGUGCAAGAAAAUCAACUUUCUGUAUGCAUGUAUGAACAGAGUAAAUGUAUUUAUACAUGUGUAUAUAGAAAGUAGAAAGUUUUCUACGGUAUGAUUCUUUUGGUGUUGUGUGAUUAUCACGAGAUAGCGAAUUAAAUAGAUUGUCGAAUGAUAUAUUAUACAAGCGUACAUUUUUCAGUAGCAAAGCAUCAUAGGAUGGAAACUUAUUGAUUCAUUAAUUACUACAUUCAUCAAAAGGAUAAAGUAUAUUUCCCGUUUUUCUUCCUGUAUAAAUUUCUAUUCUUCAUAAACUCGUAGAAAAGUCCGAGAGUUCAUACACAUAGUCAUACCACUCAUACAUAAUUAACGUGUGAGAUUAAAAGAUUUAAAUUAUUUCGUCGUGAAGCGAAACUGUUCUCGUUAGAGAAAAAUAUGUCGAUAGCGUUAUUUUUAAAGUUUAAGUGACAAAAGCGUCUAACCGUGUGAAUGAGAAAAAAGCACAUAGUUUAUUUUAGCCACGACCGUGAUUUUAGCUAAUGAAGCGUGUGAAUGUGUUCUCUCGUGUUUGCGGUCAAAUCAAUCGUAUAGACAGACAUGAAAAAAUACCGAGCGCCCAAACAGAAGACUUCAGACCAAGCGAUUGAGAAAACGAAUAUUAAUAUCAGACGUCUUUUUUUUCUAUCAGCACGUCAGAAAAAGAGAGAGAGAGAGAGAGAGAGGGAAGCAAAAACUCCUUUAAUCCAUGUUUUCUCUAUCUUUCAUGGUCUCAACAAAAAUAUGUUGGACACUCGCUCUAUUCUCUUAUGUCUGUGAUCAAUCGACGAAUAUAAUAGUCUGUUGCUUAGAGCAUAUACUAUUGAAGGCAGCUUCCAUAUGUAUCGAAAGUGUAGACAAACAAAUCCGUGCAAAAAGAGAUAUAAUUGAUCUACAUGAUGUCUCUUUUCGCAGCACGGAAUUUGUCACGACCUUUCCCCUUCAAAUUGCUUCAAAUUUCAUAUCGCUUACUGACAAGUAAGGGGAGUGUUGCAGCUAACACCGUGCCGUGAGAAAGAGAUAGCAUGUAGCUAAACAUUUCUACCCCGCCUACAUCUUGAGAAGCUGCCUCCAGUAGUACAUACAUAUGUAUAUAAUAUGCUCUAAGGUUUCUGGUACAUUUAACACAACUUUUGUAAUGACAGUGUAAAUAUAUCGUUGUAAAUACGUUCUAUAAUACAUGUUACACAAUGUGUACACACUAAUAUAUA